AUGAGCUCCGGAGGUGGCGGCAGUGCCAAUGCCACCGGGACGACCGCACCUCCCAGCUACCCUACGGACGAGGAAGGAGAGCAGUAUCUCGAGAAGGUCAUCGAUGGCGCGAAAAAGAAGGGCAUAGAGUGGCCUUCUGACUUGCCACCUGGUUGCCGUACCCGAGCGGUCUAUAACCGCGAAUUUUUCGAAUUGCCUUGUGGAACGAAUUCCGUUCUGCCCGAUGAGGAGCCCCUCAAGAAAUUGUGUGCUGAAGUUGCAAACGAAUUAAGCGUAGGCCAUCACUCUGUCUGCGUCGUGCAGAACAUCACCCCAGUCCUCAUUGGCUAUCUCGGUGCUCUAUGGAAAAUCGAUCAUGCCUUCUUCGCCGAACAUGCACGAAAUAAAUCCACGAGAUGUAUUCGCACAGAAGCCCAGCCUUGGUCGAAGGUCGACAACCUUCAGCUUUCCGAUGCCCGUGCCAGCGGUCUGGGCUAUGGGACGCACUGUAUGCAUAUCGACGCCAUCUUCGAAUGUGAAAUUGUGGAUGAUUCAAUCCGUUUUAUCCAUGAUGACCGCGGCCGCGAGGGUCGUUGGUCCAACUUUUUCACAAGGAUGCGCGAUAGGGAGAGAUCCGAGGAGAUAUGCGCAACACGCUUGUCCUAUUGCCGGGUCAACGAAUAUAUGUAUUUGGUGCUUGUAGAUUCGCCUGUCACCAACCUACGGUAUAGGGAGGUGGAAAGAGUUACCCGUCGUUGGGGCAUGCGCAUCUUUAAAGAGGGACCAACGGGUAAGACAUAUCUGCGAUUGCCGUAUUCGAGCCUCGCUCAGGAAGCCCUACUGCUGCCUCCGCCGUAUGUAUUGGAGUACCCAUAUACAACGAAGACGGAAACGAACAUGGACUUGCUGGAAUGUUUCUCGGCCUUCUUGCGAGAGCCAUGGCACACCGACUAUCUGUUUGCGACCUCCUCGGUGAUACUACCGCAUCCCCUCCUCUACAUGCUGGCGGGCUCACUGUGGCAAGACAAUCUGCGACACCUGGACCGUGAGAUCAAGUACAACAGCUUCAGCAAGGUUCGCAGGGCGAAUGAAGGAACCAACGAGGAGCUGCACGAUAUGCGGAAAGACCUCGAUACGAUGAAGAGGAGCAGCGAUCAUACGAUUGAAUGGAUGCCGAAGGGCUUGGGAUGCUAUUUCGAGGAUGCGGGAAUGCGCCGAGAUGACUUGAUUCCUCCAACGCCGUCCCCGCUCAAGAGAUUGUCGAGGACCAAGCGUGAGGCGAAGGAGCUUGGAACUUUCCUAAUGGAAACGUUUCAGCUCCUUGCGAGCUCUUUGAGCGCACGGGACAGCUUGCUUAGCAUUCAGCAAUCCGGACGUGCCACAAAGCUCACGGCGCUUGCGUUCGUCUACGUGCCUCUGUCGUUCGUUACGGGCAUCUUCGGCAUGAAUAUUAAGGAGAUCAACGGCUCACCCAUAUCAUUCUGGGUGUGUUUCGCCACGCUUGGGGUUGUCAUUGGGAUAACAUUGGCAGGGUACGAACUUUACAAGCUUUACAGGCUUUACAAAGCGUUCCAGGCUUUACAGGCGUCACAGGUCCAAGUUGUCGCGGAAGGUUGGCGAAGUGUGGGCACGCUGGAAGAAUAG